CUUCUUUUUCUUUUUCUUUUUUUGACUUUUUUUUUCUUUUCUUUUUCUUUAAUCUUUCUCAGACAAUUCUAUUUUAUAUUUUCUUUUUAUUAAAAAUCAUAUAGUCGAAAAAAAAACUAAUAAAUAAUCAUUAUAUGGGGAAUACAGCAUCAAAACCAACUGCACCAAGUCAACGACAUAAACAAAAGAAACCUACGAAAGAAAGUCCACCUACACGAUCACCUACUCAACGAACCAUUGAUGGACGUAUUUAUCAUGCUGUAGAAGGAAGUCAAUAUUUAUUACCAAGAGACGAUCAAGAAAUAGAUAGAUUACAUGAAACACAUUUUCUCACUAAAGAACUUUUGGGCUGUAAUGUAAUGGCUGGUGCUAUCAAACAAUUGGAUUUUCAAUCUGGUGGAUUACAAAUUUUGGAUGUAUGUUGUGGUCCUGCCACUUGGUUAUGUGAAACAAGUCUUGAUUAUCCUAGUUGCCAAUUUGUUGGUAUUGAUAUGUGUAAUGUUUGGCCUCAAGUCAUUCGUCCUGCUAAUUUGGAAUUUAUUGAAGCUAAUGUAUUACGUGGUUUACCUUUCCCUGAUAAAGCUUUUGAUUUUGUUCAAUUACGAUUCGUAUCACUUGCAUUCAAAACUACUGAUUGGGCCUAUGUAUUGACAGAAAUUCGACGGGUAUUACGAGAUGGCGGGGUCCUGCAAUGUAUAGAUUUGGACAUGCAAAUCAUAUCGGAUGAUCCUGAUGUCAAACGUUAUUUACAACAUUUUGAUGCUUUAUGUAGUGAUCGUGGUCUUGAUCCAUCUGCAGGUGCCAAAUUGGAUAUGAUGUUGAAUGAUCAUGGUCUUAACAUACUACAAUCAGAAUACCGAGAAAUUCCUUUAGGUUGGGGUGGUCCUAUUGGAGAUGGAUUUAUGAAUAUUUUUAGCGCAGAAGUACAAGGUCUGGCACCAUGGAUGAAAAGAACAAGUAACUUGAACGACGAACAACUUAUCGCUACUCUACGAAGAACUUUACGUGGUAUGAUUCAAUCUAAAGCAUAUAUGGGAUUGUAUGCUUUCUUGGCUCAAAAACCUAUCGAUGAUUAAUGGAUGACAACAACACACAUACCAUAGAAAGUAUUUUUUUUUUCAAUAUUCAGUAGUAGUAGUAGUAUUAUUAUUAUUAGUAAUAUUAGUUACAUUUAACAAAUUAUAUAUAUAUUAUAUAUAUUCCUUCUUUUUUAUUAUUAUUAUUAUCAUUUGUUAGUUAUUAUAAUCAUCUUUAUACUUCUUUAUUCAUAUUUAUUUUGUAUCAUAUCCAUGAAGAAGACGUUUUAUAUCAAUAAAAAAAAAGAAAAGCGGUGAUUUUUUUUUU